GCCAUUCUUCGGUUAUUACACCGCAUUAGGGUCAACUUGACUUAACACGAGCUGGCUAACACUAUUUUUGGUCAUUUUCAUGUUUGUAUUGUAUUCUACAGUAGGUGUCGAGAUCUCCAAUGAAACGAAAAUCCCCUCACGACUAGUCGUCGAUCAAUGGCUCGAUACUGAGGCCAUUUUAUUUCCCAUGGUGAUGGUAAUUGGAUAGUGGCGUUUCAGAGUUCGAGGCAUCCCUGUCCCGCAACAGGCAUUCCUUCCCAAACCGGAAAUACAUGGCCAGCUAUGCCAACUCCAUUUGGCACUUAGCGCCUGGCUUCACUCGCCUCGACCCAACUUGAGACGUUGAUGUUACAACUUCACGAGAGCUCACGAUGUUGUUGUUCUCCACCGCGUUUCGCUUCCACGCAAUGUGCAUCGGUCAGGGGAUGUUCUAGUGCAGGCUUUAGCGAAAGGGUACCUAGAUCUAGUUCGUAGCUUGGCUAAACUUCCUCCGAUACUAAGAGGAGAGAGGUUGCUGUUUCACUCGAGGUUCUUGCUUUCUUUUUUUCUGCUUCUACUCUUCACCUUGCUGCUGGUUCGGUGUGUGACCAUACAUUCAUUUCUAAUACUGUCAUAUUUCUGUUUCUUUCCAGCACCAGGUGUGCUGUUUACUUGUCAUAUUUAUUUACGAUGCCGAAGCAAUAUAAUCUAGAUGAAGAGCCGUUCCUGGAGAAGGGCGAACGUGGCGAUAGCGAGGAGACACUCACAUGGAUGGGCGGCAGCGAAGCUUCAACUAUUAUACCCCGAAAUAUAAACCCGCAUUGGAUAUGGUUGGCGCAUGCUGUCCUCUUAUCACUCUCUGCCCUGCUGUUUUCUUUGAGUUUUUGUUCGCGGACAGCGAAGAUAUCCGAUCUAGAAUAUACACAAAAGUACUCGGCAUGGUCGCCAGCCGCAAGUGCUGUUAAGUAUGAAACACAGCACUUCGAUCUGCCCCCGAAAGCAGAAGGCCCGUUCAUUGGAAAAGGGGACGAUGUAGACGCUAGAUGGGACUAUAUCUCAGCCGUCGGCGAUACAAUGAUAUCUCAUGAGGAGAUGAUUAGCCUAGGUCUCGAUCCCGAAACCUCGUUGAAGAUCACGGAUCCGCGUAACGGGAAGCCAGGAUAUCGCGUGGCGAUUGAGAUGUUCCACCAGCUACACUGUCUCAACCUUUUGCGACAGAACGCGUACAAGGAGUAUUAUGCUCCCCUCGGGGGCGAUAUUUCAGCGCCGCCGACGAAACUGCGCAACCAUCUCGACCAUUGCAUUGAUGCACUGCGACAGUUUGUCAUUUGCCAGGGUGAUAUAGGGGUCUUCAGUUUCAAUUUCCCACUCAACGACGGCGACCCGUGGCCAAACUACAGCACACCUCACACAUGUAGAAAUUUCGAGAGCAUACGCCAGUGGGCGGUAGAUCACACUGUCCCGCGGGGACCUGACGAACCUGAACACUGAGCCUAUCACUGAUAAUACCCUUUGGGCAAUAGAUCGUGGCGACUGGCGACUGGCGACCCCUAUAGAUGAACACUUAAGUAGUCGUUCUAGGUUGUUUCGUCGAGAAAGAAGCGCAGUGUCUUGUACAUCAAUGGAUCUGACUUGGGAAAGGAUACCGAUAACCAUGCCUUCGCCGUGACCAAGCAGUCACCCGGGGUUUUCUGGGCGAGCAAGGCUGAAGCCGUGCAACGGGCUGUUCCGUAGUCCUGACCUGAUGGCUUGAUUGAUGCCAUACGUGGGCGUGCGUCACCUAAAGAUAUUGUGUGUGCAAUGCUAGCAUUCGGUCACAAGGAAUACUGACAUCAGCAUUCUGCCACUCAAUCUGGCAGAAGAUGAAGUAAAAAAAAAACUUGUCCUUGUAAUGUGGCGACUGAUCCAAUGAAUUAGAUAAAUAAAUAUGAACAUUUGUCAAUUCGUUGUCGUCUUUGUACAAUGAGCAUGAUGUCAAUUGACUUAGAAACAGGAAGAGACAGCCAAUGAGUAUAGUCGAUUGUAACAUCUGAGAGCCACAGCUGGAGACUACUGUACUUAUGUGGUGGUGGCAAGGUUUGGCGUGUCUCUGCCUUCCAAGGUUUAGAUUUUAGAUGUAG